AUGUGCGGCGCCGUCGUCGUCUCCGUCAGCUACCGCCGGUCGCCGGAGUUCCGCUUCCCCUGCGCCUACGACGACGGCUGGGCGGCGCUCAAGUGGGCCUCCACCCGCCCGUGGCUCCGCAGCGGGAGGGACUCGAAAGUGCGUAUCUUCCUCGCCGGCGACAGCUCCGGCGGCAAUAUCGCCCACAACGUGGCCCUGCGCGCCGUCGAAUCGGGCAUUGAGAUCUCCGGCAACAUCCUCCUCAACCCCAUGUUCGGCGGCGAGGGCCGGAAGGAAUCGGAGCUGAUGCUCGACGGCAAGUACUUCGUCACUCUUCAGGACAGGGACUGGUACUGGCGGGCGUUCCUCCCCGAGGGCGCUGACCGCGACCACCCUGCCUGCAACCCCUUCGGUCCCCACGGCGUUGACCUCCGGGGGCUCCCAUUCCCCCGGAGCUUGGUGGUGGUGGCCGGCUUCGACCUCAUAAGGGACUGGCAGCUCGCCUACGCCGACGGCCUCAAGAAGGCCGGCCAAUCCGUGAAGCUGCUUCACCUCAUGCAGGCCACCAUUGGCUUCUACCUACUGCCCAACAACAACCAUUUCUUCGAGGUCAUGGAGGAGAUCAGGACCUUCUUGAGUUCUGAUUGUUGA